AUGAGCGGACAGAAGUUCCAGUAUGACGAGAGCGGAGGGACAUUCUUCUAUUUUCUGCUCUCGUUCUUGGCGCUACUGCUGGUACCCGGGACCUUCUAUCUCUAUCCCUGGCCACGUUGCUCGAAACAAGAUCCUGAUCAGUUAACCAAAGAAUGUCAGUGCGAUGGGUGCAAGAAGAAGAAAGAUAUUCUUCAAAGGAAUAAACCUUGGAAGGAAGCUUUCUUCAGGAAAGUUCUAAUCUUUGUGGGAUGGGGUAUUCUGAUAUUUUUAACUAUCAAGGUGUCCCAAUUUGAUUACGAAAUGGCCAACUUUGAUCCAUAUGAAAUAUUGAGUAUACCACCUGGUUCUUCCCAAAGUGAGAUUAAAAAAGCUUACCGCAAGCUUUCCUUAAUUCUUCAUCCUGAUAAGGAAACGGGAAAUGAAAAAGCUUUUAUGAAACUGACUAAAGCUUACCAAGCUUUAACGGAUGAUGAAGCACGAAAAAACUGGGAAAAAUAUGGAAAUCCAGAUGGUCCAGGAGCAAUGAGUUUUGGUAUAGCUUUACCUUCCUGGAUUGUUGAAAAGGAGAAUUCAGUAUGGGUUUUAGGACUAUAUGCAUUAGUAUUCAUGGUUGUUUUACCAACGGUUGUAGGAAUGUGGUGGUACAAGAGUAUUCGCUACACUGGUGAUCAAGUUCUCCUCGCAACGACCGAGAUGUAUUACUUUUUCUUCGUAAAAACGCCGUCUAUGUCAUUAAAGAGAGUCAUCAUGAUACUUGCUGCUUCCUUUGAAUUCUUCAAGAAGCGUAACGCGGAAAUAGUCGAGAGACAUUCCGACAGUGAAGAAGUUCCAUCGCUUAUCAAACAGCUACCUAAUUUAGGAGAGAAAAACAAGGAAGUACCAUUGUGUCAUUUGUAUUCAAUUAAAGCUCGAGCACUGCUUCAUGCGCAUUUAUCUCGUAUCCCGCUCAAUCCCGAGACAUUGGAUAAAGACAGACAGUAUAUUGUAAAGAAAUGUCCGUACUUGAUUCAGGAAAUGGUUGCCUGUGUUCAUCAAGUUAUACUUUUAGCUUACGCUAGAAGAGUACCACGAGUACCAACUAUAACUACUAUAGAGAAUUGUAUGAAACUGUGUCCAAUGAUCGUACAAGGAUUCUGGGAGUUUAAAAACCCUCUUCUUCAAUUACCACAUAUAACGGAGGACAAUUUAAAAUACUUCCACGCAAAGAAGCGUCAAAUCAAAAGUCUUCAGCAAUUCGCACAACUGAAAGGAGAAGAACGAAGACUGAUUCUUAGAAACCUGUCUGACAGUCAAUAUGAAGAUAUUAUGAAAGUUCUCGGAAAUAUGCCAUACAUUGACUUUAAAGUACGAUCCGAAGUAAUUGAUGAUGAGAAUCCUACCGUCUACACCGCUGGUGCUAUUGUAACGGUAACAGUAUCGCUUACGCGAAAAGAUAUGAGACAUCUUUUUGGGGAUGAUUCUGUCAAUGAACAAAUGACGAUUGACGAUAAAGCCGGCGGUGAGGCAGUUGAAGAAGCUUCGGAGGAACAAAAUCAGUCAACAAAAGCUGCGAAGCCGGCAUGGCUUAAGCAAAAGAAAGGCCAAAAGAAGUCGCAUAAAAAGGGCACCAACAAGAAAUUACCUUCUGCUAAAAAUAUACAGGCGCAGUCUCAGGCAGUAGCUAACAAUACUCAACAUAGCAAUACCCCUAAUGCGAGAAAGAAGGAUGAUAAGACGGAGAAAGAGUCUUCCAAGGAGAAAUUGUCGGAUAUCAGCGACAGUGAGGCCGAGAGUGACCGAAGUGAUGACGAGGAUAGUCACGAUAAGAAGGACGCGUCUCUCGAUGACGAUGAUACCGAAUGGGAAAAAUUCCAACAAAGAAUUUCCAAGCGGGAGAGAGUAUUAGAGGGAAGGAGUAAUUUGUCACAUGAAGUGCACUGUCCACUCUUUCCAGAUGUUAAGCAAGAGUAUUGGUGGGUCUAUAUCUGUGAUCGCAAAAGUCAAACGCUGUUAACAACCCCUAUUCAUGUCACAUCCUUAGCACAGUUUGAGGAAGUUCAGUUAAGAUUUACGGCACCACGUUGGCCAGGCCUUUAUACGUUUACCGUGUGUCUACGUAGCGAUUCGUAUCUGGGCUUUGAUCAAGCUCAAGACAUCAAAUUGGACGUGAAAGAGGCACCAGAAGUACCGACCGAACAUCCGCAAUGGGAUAUCUCGGAUGAAGAAACUGCGGAAGAUGUGGAUGCAGCCGAUGAACAUUCCGAAUUCACAACCGACGAGGACAUUAGUGACAAUGAAUAAUAUGUUUCUCAUAUGUGAUCGGAAUAGAUAUAUUCUAAAAGUCCGCAUUUUCCUUUUUUUUUACUUUUCAAAUUAAUGUACAAUGGACUUUUAUACGUGGAAUUGCAUAAUCGUUGAUGUAUGUGGACAAUCUAGAAAAAAAAUAGUCUGGUGUGUAAGAUUUGUCAGUGUGGAGAAAGUAAUAGCGAAUAAAGAACAUAAUAUUUAUUUUAA